CACGCCCCCUCCCUCCCUGUUCAGUCGCGAGCGACGAGCAGAAGUCGCGCGCAGACUUCUGGCUCGCUUCGGCCGAACUCAACCGACAUGGCCAAGUCCAGCCUGGACGCCGCGGCCGCCGCCGCCACCGGCACUUUGCUGCUCGGCGACGACCUCAAUUUCUGGGCCGGGGAGCGACAGGCGCCCCGGCCGGGCGGCGCCGCCGGCGAGCCCGUGUACGAGCCGGCCACCGGACGCGUCCUGUGUCACAUGACCCCGUGCGGCCCCCGUGAGGUGGACUUGGCCGUCCAGAGCGCCCGCGGCGCCUACGUGACUUGGAGCAAGAUGGCCGGCAUGGAGCGGGCGCGCGUCCUGCUGGAGGCCGCUCGCAUCGUCAGGGAGCGGCGGGAGAAGAUCGCCAAGUUGGAGGUGAUCAACAACGGGAAGUCCAUCACCGAAGCGCUGGCGGACGUGGACCUGGCCUGGCAGUGUCUGGAGUACUACGCCGGACUGUCCGGAAGCAUGGCGGGUCAGCACAUCCAGCUGCCCGGCGGCGCCUUUGCGUACACCCGCCGUGAGGCUCUGGGGGUGUGCGUGGGCAUCGGGGCGUGGAACUACCCCUUCCAGAUCGCCGUGGUCAAGUCCGCUCCUGCGCUAGCGUGCGGGAACGCCAUGGUCUUCAAGCCCUCCCCUAUGACACCCAUCACCGCUGUGAUUCUGGCUGAGAUCUACCGGGAGGCCGGAGUGCCCCAAGGACUCUUCUGUGUGGUACAAGGUGGCGCCCAAACCGGAACAUUGCUGUGCCGGCACCCUGAUGUCGCCAAGGUGUCCUUCACGGGCAGCGUGCCCACCGGAAAGAAGGUGAUGGAGUUGUCGGCCCAGGGUGUGAAGCCCGUCACGCUGGAGCUCGGCGGGAAGUCUCCGCUGAUCAUCUUCAAAGAUUGCGAGCUGGAAAACGCCGUCAAGGGAGCGCUCAUGGCCAAUUUCCUCACACAAGGACAGGUGUGCUGCAACGGGACCAGGGUGUUCGUGGAGAGGGACAUCAUGAAGCAGUUCUUGGAGAAGGUGGUCGCCAGGACCAAGGCCAUCGCUGUGGGGGACCCCUUGCUGGACCAGACCCGCAUGGGGGCGCUCAUCAGCAAGCCCCACCUGGAGAAGGUCCUGGCUUUCGUCAGGCAGGCCAAGGAACAGGGGGCCGAAGUCCUCUGUGGUGGUGAACCCUUCGUGCCCGCCGACCCCAAACUCAAGGAAGGAUACUUCAUGUCGCCUUGUGUACUAGACAAGUGCAGGGACGACAUGACGUGCGUGAAGGAGGAGAUCUUCGGGCCGGUCAUGUCGGUGCUGCCGUUCGACAGCGAGGACGAGGUUCUGCGCCGCGCCAACGACACCACCUUCGGCUUGGCGUCCGGCGUCUUCACCAGGGACGUCUCGCGGGCGCACCGGGUGGCCGAGAAGCUGGAGGCGGGCACGUGCUACGUCAACAACUACAACAUCGGCGGCGUGGAAGUCCCCUUCGGAGGAUACAAGAUGUCAGGUUUCGGGCGCGAGAACGGUCAGGUGACCAUCGAGUACUACUCCCAGCUGAAGACGGUGGUGGUGGAGACGGGCGACGUGGACGGCCUCUUCUGAACGACCUUCCGACAACUUUGCCUCCGACUUUCUCAAUAAAAGCCACAUCGAAUGUG